GGAAAAGAAAGAAAGACGAAAGAGGGAAUGGAGGAAUAAUAGAAAUCCUUUGUACGUCUCUUCUCUUCUCUUCUCUUCUCUGUCUGUUGUUCUUUCUCUUCUUUGGCUUAGCCAUGUCUCUGCUUUCUCUAUAAUUUCCUUAGCAAAGAAGAGAAAGCAAAGAAAUCAAAGUAAACAAGUGAAAACCCACAAAAAAAUUCAAAUCUCUUGUUAGUGUUUUUUUUUUUUUUGGUGUGUGUGUGUGUGGUUGCCCGUUCAAAAAAAGCGAAUUAUUUUUGGGUUUUAAGCUGUUGAACGGUGAAGAAGAUGAUGGUUGCAAAUAGUUUUGAUUUGUGGAAAAAAGAUGCCUUCUUUUCUGCAGCAGAAGAGGUUCAAGAAUCUGCUGAUAUAAUGGAAUCAGCAUAUAGAAUGUGGAUCAAAGAGAGGAAAGAAGGGCUAAGAACUGGUGAUUCUGUUGAACUUUGUAGAGAACUGCAAACUGCAUUAGGCACAGCUAAAUGGCAGUUGGAGGAGUUUGAGAGAGCAAUAAGGUUGAGUCAUGGACAUUGUAGCGAUGAUAUUACAGCAACUAGGCACAAACAAUUUAUUUCUGCAAUCGAGAGUCAAAUUUCCCAUGUAGAAGCAGCACUAAAAGAAGCAUUUAUCGAGGAAGGGAAGCAACCACUUCGGUGGGUUAAUUUGGAUGAAGAAGAAUGUGAUGAUUUAGCAAUCUUCCUUUCCGGGACUUCUCCAAGCUUGUUGCAACCGUCUACAAAGAACACUCUUUCAGAGAAUUGCCAAAAGAGAAAAGACACAGAUUCUAACAAUGCUACUUGUAAUGGAGAUACAUCUGAAGUGCAGAUGACGAAAGUUUUUAAAGAUUCCGGUAAAGAUGCCGAGUGUAUCAUUGAUGUAGAAGAUGGUGAAAGUUCAGGAAGGUCAAAUGACGUAAGUUGUGGACUAGAGAGAACAACUGGUACAAGAAAAACAUGGUGUUCACCAAAUCUUGGCACAUUGAACAUUGUAAUCGCCGAUAAAUACAAUGAUAGGACCAAAACCAGGUCAGGCAUCGAGUCCACACCUAAAGAAAAAGGAUCGAAGCCUUUCUUCCGUAAGCAAAGGUGUGGAGAUCUUCCUCAGGCCAAAGGUGCUUUUAAUUUAUUCUAUCAGCGCUUUGGCUGGAUCAGUGGGUUAUUGAGACAUCUCCAAAGUCCGGUGCACUUGCAAUUUAGUUGCUCAUUGCAACUUACACUUGCUUUACUGAUAGCUAUUUUUCUAAUUGUGCCUUUUGUGCUUUAUUCGAGUUGAGAGCAAGUGGCUGUUAUGUGCUGUUGAUCAAGACAAGAGGCUUCGGAUUCCCUUUGGAGGCAUACAUUGCGAGCUUUAACCUCUUUCCCAGUCAUUUUCAAGAUCUGGGUGAAACUUCAUCUUGAGCUAAGCUUGAACAAGAAAGGUUGGUUGCCAUCUUCAUUGCUACACUGUAAAUGCAUUGAUAGUCUUUUAUAUAAAAAUAUAUAUAUAUGGUUGAAGGAUUUUUUGGUAGCAUAGAGAGGGUCUGGAACAGUCAAUUCUCAUGUGAGCUAAGCUUUCAUGUGCUUUAAAUAAUAAAUAUUUACAUUAAGUAAGAAGGGGUGUCAGUUGUAGCAUUAUGAACUUACCCUACCUUUGUAAAGCAAAAAAGGAUGCUUUGCCCUCACAUUUACUCCAAAUUAAUAUUUGAAAGGCUUGUUUCUGUCCUUCA